CGCAGACAGUGUUUAGAUGCGUCAUUGUGCCGUCGGUAAACUGAAGAGAUCUAGGCAGACCCUGACGGGUUAACUGGGAACUACUACUACGUUUGGGUGAUUGAAUGAAGCAGCGAUGUUUUGUUAGUUCGCAAUUAUUACAGGCCGGUGUGAUUAGAUAAGCGAGCGAUUUGACAGUAACAUAUUACAGGCGGCAUCGACAGACACUCCUCAUCUUUUUAUUAAUUAAAUCUCGACGUUUCUGAUUGUGAUGUUGGUUUUGUGACAGUGUUGUGAUUACCGGACACUUGAUUAUUAUUAAAGCUUUGCUACAAGAGCGCUGUGAAUCCGAAUAGCCGUUCAUUUCGUAUCCGAUAAUGUUGAAAGAUAGGGACAGCGUGGAGCGCGGCUCGCCCUGCAGCAGUUUGGGGGGUUCAACGGGGCACGACGUCAAUUCUUGUGCAGGAUGCGGGGGCAGGAUACACGACAGAUUUUAUCUGCUGGCAGUGGACAGGCAGUGGCACGCUGCGUGCCUGAAGUGUUGCGAGUGUAAACUACCCCUCGACGCCGAACUGACGUGUUUUGCAAGGGAUGGCAACAUCUACUGCAAGGAAGAUUAUUACAGGAUGUUUGCAGUGACGAGAUGCGGCAGAUGUCACGCAGGAAUAUCAGCGAACGAAUUAGUGAUGCGAGCGCGUGAAUCCGUCUACCACCUGCACUGUUUUUCCUGCACCUCCUGCGGAAUACCAUUAUCCAAAGGAGACCAUUUCGGCAUGCGGGAGGGCUCCAUUUAUUGCAGAUAUUGCAUUUGCUCCAGACCGCACUAUGAGCUUCUGGAUAUGUGCGAUUCCAAUGAUCCCAUGGACAUCAUGUACAGAGGCAGCGAAUCUCCUGGGUUUUAUCCCAACACGCCUCCGCAGCAGCAUAAAGGACGACCACGAAAAAGGAAGAUACAGCCAGAGGAUAACUCGCCUUGCGGGGAGAUGCCCGUCACUAUGAGAAUGGCCGCUGCUACUCUAGAAAUGCUUCAAGGCGAGCUCUCAUCCUCAAUGGAAUCCUUGUCAUACGAUUCUUCAGUUACUUCUCCAGCCUCCAGCAAUGGACACGGACAUUCGCAAAGGACAAAAAGAAUGAGGACGUCCUUUAAACACCACCAAUUAAGAACCAUGAAGACGUACUUUGCUAUCAACCAGAACCCUGAUGCAAAGGAUUUGAAACAGCUUGCGCAGAAAACUGGGCUCUCCAAAAGAGUUUUGCAGGUUUGGUUUCAAAAUGCUAGAGCAAAGUGGCGAAGAAACAUAAUGAGACAAGAAGGCUCCCAAAACAACAAUAACCAAACUCCGGGACCACACGUUUCUCCCACCGGAGGUUCAACAAUUAUGGACACCAAUAGUUUAUCUCACCAAUCCUUAGACGAUUUGCAUCAUCACCUACAUUCCCAAAACUCCCAAACGUUGAAUUUCAGUGACCUGUAUUAGAUUACAGGAUAUGUUUAGAGUUUUACACACAGAACGUUCCUUUUUCUUAGUGAUAAUUGUGUAAUUUACUUUUAUGUACAGUAUUCUAUUAUUCUUCUACUAACUCUUUUUUAGAUGUUGACAAUAAUGACAAAGUAAUGAUCUAAGUUUUUAAGAUUUAAAUUGUUGGUUUAUUUUAUUAUCCGAAAUUAUGGUACUAAACACAAAAUAAUUAUUAGGUGGAGUUAGUAGAAUAUAUAAUGUUCAAAAUAUAUUUAUAUAGAGUAGUUUGCACGUUUUUAAUAACGAAAAAAUAGAUAUG